UGUGAAAUAGCAACACUUGAUGGCGUGGGUUCCUGCAGUCAUUGUUAGUGAUUUUUAUUAGCGUGGGUUGGUUGAUUAUUUUGGGAUAAUCUAGUGCUUAAUGGAAAAAUAGUAUAAAGGAGGUGAACUGAAGGAGAUUCUGAAAUCAAAACUGCAAAGUGUAGAAGAUUUUGCACAUAGGUUAUAAUGUCGCAACAAUACAGCUUACGGUGGAACAACCACCAACCUAACUUUAUAUCCAUGUUUGGCAAUCUACUGGUCUCAAAGAAUCUGGUCGACGUCACCCUUGCCGCCGAAGGACAGCACCUAGUAGCACACAAAGUUGUAUUAUCGGCUUGCAGCACAUAUUUCCACUCAUUAUUUGUAGACAAUCCUUCACAUCACCCAAUAGUUAUUUUGAAGGAUGUCACGUUUAACGAUUUGCGCACAAUGGUGGAUUUUAUGUACUACGGGGAAGUUAAUGUGACUGAAGAACAGUUGCCGCAGGUUUUGGAGACUGCUAAAAUAUUAAAAAUAAAAGGUCUGACGGAAAUGCCUGAUUCAACAUCUUUGACUCGUUCACAAGGAUCGGCAACGGAUUUCUCAUCUGUUGAUAACACGAAUGAAACCCAAAGGUCCGCCGUACCGUCUGUGUCGCCUAGCUCGCCGUCUACUAGACGAAAAAGACGUCGAAAAAGUUCUUCGGGCUCAAUGAAUUUAGUGACUGAAGACAACAGGAGUGAAGAUGGCACCAACAUAGAAAUGAUGCGAGAAGCUGUGACAUUAAGCAGUGUACCUCAACAGAAGCGAAGAGAACUCGAUGAACGCAUGGACAAUCCACAACAGGCAGGAGAUCCCACAAAUAUCAACAUAGAUCAGUUGGCGAUGGAUACAAAUGCAGUAGGAAUGUCACAAGGACAAUGGAGUAUGCUGGAGCAUACAUACCCCAGGUAUUCGAACGCUUGUCUCGGAGGCGGCGGGCUCCAACCUGAUCAGGGAAUGUAUCUCAAUAACGUUAUAAAUCCGCAUGGAGACCCAGAGAUGAAUCACUACGGCCAGGCGCUCGGGGUGCCGGGUCCUGCGCCCGGCCCCAGCUGCGUCGCAGAAGCGCAGACCGUGCAGGCCGUGAACCAGACUCCACAGAAGCGACGCCGGGCGACAAAUCCACAAGCUGAGGAAAACUUUCAAAGGGCUUUGGAAGCGGUUCGUUUCGGGGGAAUUGGAUUUUGCAAGGCUGCGCGGAUGUUCGGGGUUAACAACCGAACAUUAUGGCUGGAAUACAAGAAGAAAGGUUACCCAAACAAUCGGCCGAGCAUAAAGAGCCGCAUCAAGCGCGAGCACGUGACGCCGCCGCCGGAACAGAAAGACGAGCAACCGCACCAGGAACAACAGAUGGCCUUGCUCUGUCCGCCGCACCCCGUACCCGUCGGGUUCAUCGACCCGCGCCCCGUGGACUUCCCGCUCCAAGUAAACAACUCGCCCCUGAAUAUUAUCAACGGGGUCAAUUUCCCGAUGCAAUAGAACGCGGCGUGCGCGGCGCAAGGCGACGAGUGCUACUCGUUGUGACCCGAGUGGCAAGGCGGGGAGUGCGGGCCGCUGCCGCUCUCGCCGCCAUUGCGCCCCCAGCCGCGCUACGAUAUCUAUAUGCAUAUGCCUUUGUAAAUAUUGUUACCAUAUUAUUCAGUAUUACUUGAUACCCAGUCGGCAUAUUUGUAAAGACGUAACAAUCUCGCGAGCCUCGAUCGAGUUGAACUUAUCAUGACUAAAUUGAUACUCACUUUUUAAAGCACGCUUCUACAGAGGAAUACUUUUCGGGGCUAGGUUUUAACUCUUGUAACUAACCCUGUAAACGAGUUUGCUAGAAUUGUCUAUUUUAGAUUUAAUUUGGACAAAAUGUAUAUUUUACUGCUUUCUUAUGCAAACAGUAAAAUAUAUAUUUUCUCUAACUCUUCUAAGUGACAGUCUUACUUUACGAAGCACAGAUACGAUUGAUGGUUUUGCCUCUGUGGCGACGUGCACCGGGACAUAAUAUAUUGCAGGCUCGGCUUGACCAAGAGUUCUUGUACGUACUUUAACUGAACAAAAGUAUUGAAAGUAUUGAAGUGAGUGGACGCGCGGCCGACUCACGUCCAUUAGCCAUAAUCAGUAAGGUAUGUUUAGAUCUCAUAGCACUGUAAGUUUAAAGACAGUUAUUUGAUAUCAGCUUUUUUAUAAUUAAACCGCAUUAUCGUAAGAGUAUUGUAUAAAAGGAAAGAUGUGAUAGCGAAUUUACUAUAAAGUAUUGUAAUAGAAUAAUAAUUAUAAUAGAUAGAGAUACUUAUUUCGAGACCAGUCUUAAUCAAUAUAUUUUUGUGAUAAUUUCAUACAUAUAAGUUUAUAGGUACUUUUGUAUUAUUAUCAUAUCUGAUAGUCCAUUUGGUAAUCACAUAAUUAAGAAAUCAAUCAAUUUUCUUCUAUCGUGCAAUCAUGACAAGGUUUACAAAAUUGUAACCUCUUAUUUAGUUAAAAAUAGUCACAAUGAUAAUUACUACCUCUACAAAAGUAUUUCUUCUCAUAUAAUUUGUAUAACUUACCUGCAUUACGUUGAUGUUACAUUUAUACCUUACAGUACUUUACAUAAUAAAGUAUGUACUAUGGAGCCCUAUUUGUGUAAUGAAUUUGAAAUACUUUAAAUCUGAACAGACUGACUUACAUGUUGAAAAAAACAUUACUUAAUUUUGUAUUCCGUAUAAUUAUAGCUAUCCUUCCUUAGCUUUUAUUUUAAGCCUUAGCCUUUAUAAAUUAAUGAUAACUACUAUCAUUAUUAUCGCCCUAUGUAUAACCGCCUAUAUUAAUAUAGAACUACUUAUUAAUGAUGUUUUCGUCUGUAGUCCGAUAAUACUUGGCAGGCCCCAAGUGUCCAAUCGUAUUGAAAAAUCUCAAGUAAUUUAAUAGACAGAAGGUGUAGCACUAUAUGUACGUUACAGGGAGGUAAUAUAACCUGACAACGUACCGGCAAAAAAUCAAAAUUUUGUGAUGACGCGGACGUCAAAAGCUUUGGUCUGCGACUUUGUCUUUGUGAUCAACAAUACAUAAUUUUUCUUAAACAGUUUGGUGUAAUCUCAUGUACUUCAUCACUAUAUUAUACUUUUUAGAUGUGUUGAACGCCGGUAAUUUAUUUUAUUAACUCUCGUAUCUUUUAUAGCAUAGCAUUUAGCAUCAAUUUUAAGCCUUAUGGCAAGCGUUACUAAUACAGUUAUAUAAAACAAUGAACUCAGGAAACGUUCCUUUAAAAUAAAUCUAAAAUAAGUUUAUUGCCUUUUUAAAGUACUAAACAUGAAUGAAAUUUACUCAUGACAAACUUUAUAAUUUCAAAUAUGAUUACCCUAGGAGUUUCGAUGUCCAUUUUACAUCUCCGUCAUAACUCAUAAGGUUCAUCACAAUUUUUUCUCUUGUGAAAAUGCAUAUGAGUCUAAAUUCGACUGUUAUGUCAAGCAGUGGAAAUUUACAUGGGCGAAACCGUCCUUAAAACCUAGUUAUUUAUAGCUAGCUUACACCCGAAGCAAUUCGCGUGCCUUCUAAUUGUACGUUGAUGGUAUUAUGUCAGACACCUACGCGCAAGUUCAACUGUACAAAGUUUCAACUCAGUCGUAUAAAUAAUGCGUGAACCCAUAGGUAACGGUCGAAUGAAGAAACAUUAUUUUUAUAAUAAGCCAUUAUUUUAUUUGUUCUUUUGUAAAUGAACAAAUAAAUGCUUUUCUGCACAUUUUCCGUGCAAUGAUUUUGUGUCGCCUGAGGUUAUAUUGUUUCUGAUGUAUCAUUAAUUAUCAUCUUGUGCAUAAUCGACAGGUAAAAAUCGUGAUUUUAAUAAGGAUGUAAAUGUGAUACCAAUACGUUCAUACUUUCGAACGGAAUACGAUCGGCACAUCAAAACGAUACAAUUUGGACUCAGUAUUUUGUUGCACUUUGUAUAAUAUUAUUUAACUUCUAGGCCCACUUGCACAAGGGCAGUUACAUUGAUGUAGUUAAAUUUUGUAAUGCUGGCACUUUUUAGCAAGAAAACAUGAUGCUGUUGCCAAAAGUAUUAUCCUUCAAAAAAAUUUAUCCAAAUCAGGUUAUGCUUGUGCGUGUCUGCCUAAAUCCUGUUAAACAUCGAAUAUUCGAAGUUGCAGCUUUACAAUGGUUUUUGUCUUAUUAUCUGAUUUACUUUGAUCUCACAUUGUAUGUUAUAGUAUUUUAUGUUCCUAGAGAACUGAAAAGUACGAUAGACUAAAUAGAAAAUUGCCCUAGAAGGCCUAUUUGCAAGGCCUGAAAUAUCGAUUGAUAAAAAUUGAUUCAAAUAAAAACACUUUGACGAAGUCGCGGUUGCUCUAUAGUUUCAAUGUUUAGGCAGCUACCAUAUAUUUACAAUUACUUAGUAUUUAAACCAAGGCAUAGGUACUAUUUUAUUUAUACGUAUAAUAUUUACAUCUCCAAAAUUUUUUUCAAAGAAGCGAUAGAUGUAUAAUUAAAAUUACAAUAGUGAUCUCCUUUGUAAAUAUUGUAGGCAUAAAUCUUUAUUACGAAGAAACAUUCGUUUCUUGCAUUUAUACAUAUUGUAGAUAGAGUGCUGGUGGCAAUUUUGGUAUAAUAUGAUUUGUACAUCGUUACUACAGAUAAAUAUUAAAGUAUCAAAUCUUGUGAACAAGAUACAAUGUUAGGUUCAACUAGUUAUUGAUUAAUAAUGCAGCCAUCUUGGUAUGUCAAAAGUUGAUCAAGGUGAAGUAUUGAUUAAAGCCCCACAAUCAACACGCGAGCAGAUGAUUUAUAAAAUUCCUGCCAUCAACACUCUAAUAGGUUUAUUUACAGUCGGUUGCAAAGAAUAUCGAACAUUUUCUGAGCAAAAAGAAGAGAUUUGAAAAUGGUUGUAUAUGAAAGUUUACUUGUUUAUUCUUUCUAUAACUGAAUAUUAUAAUUACUAUGAUAGGAAAUAAGAUUAAUAAUAGUUAUUCUAUCAUAAAAUAUGGUGCCAGUGAUUUUGAAGUUAUAGUUAUUAUUUUACCAAAUGCCAAUGUUUGACGUCGCAACUCGCUAUGCAAAAUACGGGUCAGAAGAUUUCCAUUAGAGUGGACUUUCUCCCAUCUGUUAACCAUAUGAAAACUAUUUUUAUCAUUUUUAUAUAUGUACAUGAUGCCGGUGACUUUGGCGCCGAUUCUGUUGUCUUUCUCUAAACUACGUCAGAGUAUCUGCAUCUCUUUCUUUUUAAUAUUGCUAAAAAAGGACGGAUUAUGAAUUUUACAUUUAUAGACUCUAAAUUUCAGUGCACGCUACAAAAAACAAUAGCCUUGCGACUGGCGGCUAAAGUCACGUGCUCUAAAUUGAGUUUAAAACUUUCAAACUGAGUCUGUCCUUUUCAUAUUACAUUAGUAAGAAGCAGAUGCGAAUACUCUACAAUUUAGUUGUGCUAAGAAUUAGUAUCGUUUAUAGUUUUUUAAGUUUUAUCAUCAAUAUUUGUAUAAAUACUUUUCAUUAUAUUCGAUGGGCGAAGGACCGCCCUAUAUGGGAUCUGAGAUCCACAUGUGAAUAUUUACUGGGCGUAUCAAGUUGAAUAUAAUUCAUUAUGCUAAAAGAUCAUUAUUCAUAACUUUUUAUCACAUUUGAUAGCAUAUGUCUCAAGUAAUAGACUGAUUUAUUUUAUAACUAAAAUAAUUUCUUUAUUCAGUAAAAUUUAUUAAAUAGUCUUUACUUUAUAUAGAUUUCAAAAUUGCUUAAACAGUACUUUUCAUUAUCAACUGUGAGACUUGUUUUUGUACAAACGAAAUCGAGAUUUUUAGCAUUUAAGUAAAAUAACAAUAUUGAAAAAGAAAUAAAUCAGUUAUCAGUACGUGUCUUAAAUGUCUUUUUGAAUUAUUGUGCAAGGAAUUUGAUCUAGUGAUAGUAAUUACUUUUAGUGGCCUACAAUAGUCCGAAAAACAUAAUUAAUGUACGACUUUAUCGAAACAGUUCUAAUCAAAACCUAAGUUAGUUAUGUGUGAGUCCUCUUUAAAACUAAUUAGACCAAUGGUUUAAUCAAGGCAUUUCAAAUAAGUAGUCGUUUAUAAUACUAUUAAUUAAAUAAGAUUUGUAUUGUACGAGUAUAUACUAUAUUUUAUAUUUGUUUAUAUGAACAUAAUAACAAUGAGACACCUAUACAGCCUCUCUCACAGACAGAGAUACCAGCCCACCACGAGGCGAAAGAUAGUGAUAAUGUAAAUGAAUUGUAAAGAAUACGGUCGCUUCUUCGCGCACAAAAUUAUAUGUAUCGUGCAUCUAAAGGCACACAUGCGACGCAGUUUGUUAACGUUAAGUACUGAUGCCAAAAUCAUAUGAUGUCAAGUUAGAAGUUUCGCCAUCCAUACUAAAUAUGUACGCACAGUUAACGUUAACUUGGAAAGUUAUACCGAUCGCAAAACAAAUAUAAUGCGUAAAUUUUGAGAAAGGGCUCGCUAUAUUUGCUCUAUUCAGGGUGUAACCAGAACGCUACUAAAAACUUAACGUUACAGUCAUAUAACUACCAUAACAAAAUCCAAUGCCUUUAACCAUUUACCUUAACUUGUAGUUAUAGUGAUUUAGUGUUUUUCAAAUCCGCAUAGUACGACGCGGCGUUGACUUCGAGUGGUCUAUUUUCGGAACGUUCGUUGACCUCUAGCGUCAGUCAGGUGUUUUAUUUGCAAUAUAUUGUGAUUAAUAUAUUAUUAAUGUGAAUAACUUAAAAAAAUACAGAAUAUUUAAAUUAUUUCUUCGUUAUUUUUUCGUUCCAACUUAUCAGUAAUCAUUAGUACUAUCGCCUGUCACGUCAAAAGCACUGGUAAGUACUAAAUCGUACUUUAAUGACAUGACAGUUGACACAGAGCGAAUAUGGUGAGUCAUUUCUCAAAAUAUGCGCACUAUCAGGUAAUUUAUUCUGAAGUUGCAGUAUGGUUGUUUGCGUAGGUCAUGAUCUACAAAUUUAAUACACAAGCUCGACAGCGAUCUGUUUUUUUACAAUGCGCAAUCAUACGCAUCGUGUUCAGAUUGGACUACUUGUUUUGCGCGCACUAGACCUUUGGGAAAUCGCCAUGGCUGAUUGCCCAAUGCCGAUGAUAAUUAUUACAAUGUUGUGUAUGUGAGACCUCUGUAAUUAAUAAUAGACUGAUUUUUUUGAAAUAUUUUGAUCAAUUUAUUGUAUGGUAAUUAUUUUGUUUAAUG